AUGCAACCGCAAGCCGAGCCGAGCCUCUCAGCUGCAGUGACCGGUGCAGCAAGCCCAAGCGCCUCUCCAGGCAAGGAGCCCUCGAACGCUGCUGUACCCAUGCAGACGUCGCACUAUAUGAACAUGAACAUGAACUUGAACAAAAUGGACGAGUAUGACUCCGCAAAGCUAACGAGGCAUGCUGACAAUGUUGCUACUGAUGAAUGGAUGCUCCCCCCCAUGACAAAGCUAGACAGACCGCAGAUGAGACCGAUAGCCGAGGGCGAAUAUGCUGCUCAGUCGUCGCAGCCUCAACUCGAUCACAGGCUCAGCGGCCUGAAUUCUUCCAUCAGCCGCCCUCACCGGCAUCGUCGUACCGAAUCCGCAGCAAGUAUUGCCAGCGCGGCUAGCAUCGCCGAUAUCAAUAUCGAAGAGACGCGAACCGACACGGGCGUCACUGGCGAAGAGAUUGCUCAGUUCAUCCAAGGACCAGAGACGACGGAUGGCAAGUGGACCUGUUUGUUUGAUGACUGUGGGAAGCAGUUCGGUCGCAAAGAAAACAUAAAGUCCCACAUCCAGACCCAUCUCAACGACCGCCAAUAUCAGUGCCCAGCCUGCCAGAAGUGCUUUGUUCGCCAGCACGAUCUCAAGAGACACGCCAAGAUUCACACCGGCAUCAAGCCUUAUCCUUGCGACUGCGGCAACAAAUUUGCGCGCCACGAUGCUCUCACCAGACACCGUCAACGAGGCAUGUGUGUCGGCGCUUUUGAUGGAAUUGUGCGGAAGAAUGUGAAGCGCGGACGCCCCAAGAAGAUGCGCCCAGAGAUGGAUGCGCGCCUGGAAAAAUCUUCAAAGACCAGAAGAAAGAACAACAUGUCCAUUAGCUCCAUCUCUUCCUUUUACUCGGACGUUUCCAUCGCCAAUUCGCCCAACUACGAACUUGACGUGCUCAGCGAGGUGUUGGAUAUGGCAAUCGAGGCCGACGCAGAGCCAAUGCGCCCGCUCUCAUCAGCACCCAUGCCUAGCAUGCCCAAUCCAGCAGCCAGCAGCAUUGUCACAUCCCCUUCAGAAGCCAGCGUACACUCAUACGUGUCCCCGGAAGCAAUCAUGGAGAGAGCCUCACAUCCGUCUUCUCCUGGCAAGAGCACAUCAAGCCAAUACAACACACCGCCGGGUCUCUCUCAGUCAUCGUCGUCACCCCCAUCAACGCAUUUCUUCGACUUGGAACCGGUUACGACAACGGCGAGGACUGACGACGUCGUCAGCUACUCCGCCCCCGGAAUGAUGAUGAAUAUGACAUCGAUGGGUGGACCUAUGCCUCUGAGUAUGAAUGAACAAGAGGAAGACUUGCUUCGCCAAUUCACCAACGACGACAGCUUCAUUCCACUGGACCGGGACCCGAGCCUAAUAAUGAUGCCCAAAUUCGACGAGUUCAACGGCGUAGCCGUUAGCAUGAUCAACGAAAACGGCUACUACUUCUAA